CUCAGUAAUACCAAGAUUGAAACUGUAACAAGAUGUAGCUUUAAGAAUUUAUAUAUUAUAAACUUGUUAAAUUAUUUAUAAAAAAUUUCUAAAUGAGUGAUUCCGAGUCCAUGCCAAGUACAUCAAAAGAAUCUUCUAGAAUGAAAACUUAUAGAAAUAAAGAAAGAAGUGACAAUGAACCCAUAGCAAGCACAUCGAAGCAAGCUUCUAGAAUGAAUACUUACAGAAAUAAGGAAAGGAGUGACACUGACCCUGUACCAAGCACAUCGAAACAGGCUUUUAGCAAGAACACUACUAGAUAUAAAGAAAGGAGUGACACUGAACCAACGCCAAGUACAUCAAAGCAAGCUUCUAGAAUGAAUACUUAUGGAAAUAAGGAAAGCAGUGACAUUGACCCUGUACCAAGCACAUCUAAACAGGCUUCUAGAAAGCAUAUAACUGAAAAGAAAGAAAGCCGAGACACUGAACCUGUACCAAGCAAAUCAAAACAGGCUUUUAGCAUGAAUACUACUAGAAAUAAAGAAAGGUGUGACACUGAACCUGUACCAAGCACAUCGAAACAGGCCUAUAGGGUGAAAACCUCAUUUGAAGAUGAAGAAUCAACAAGUGAUGAUGAAUUACCAGUUGCUGUUGAUGAUGAUGAAUUAUACAUUGAGAAUGAGGAAGCAGAAAUAGCAAAGUUGAAAUUGUCUUCCAAAGAUUUUAAAUCGAAACCACCUGUCCGUGAUGAAGACGACGAACGUGAACCCAAAAUUAGAUUCCGUUGCAGUGCUUGCGAUAUGGAUGAAAUGGUGCAUAUAUUUGGUAAAACUGCUCCUUUCAUUUUGGGUGUGGAAUAUUAUGAGGACACUUAUGUAAUGCGUGAUCCAUUUCAACCACCACCUCCACGCAAUAAGAAAAUACCAGAGUAUUAUAUAGCUAUGGGCGCUAAUUGUAGUCAGUGUCAGCGUCCUGUAUGCAAAGAUGAAGCCUGCAGCUUUUAUUACACUAGAACGUUUUGUUUAGAUUGCGCUAAGAAAAUAUUCAACAAAUUUCCAGUAGAAGUACAAACUAAACUAAGUAAACAAUUAUCGUCAGAAGCUAAAUAAAUAUAAGACAA